GGCGCAGCGCCAUGAUGUCAGACGCCUAAAGGGGCGGAGCUGCGGCGGGAAGGAGGAGGGAAGUAGGCCUUCAACAUGGCGGCCGUGGUACUGGCGGUGGCUACGGUGACGGUCUGGCCCGGGGCGGAUAGAGUUGGAAGAGGAGGUGUUCGCUCUCCCUAGGGGCAGCGGGAGCCAGGCAGGGACUGAGCCCGGGAGGCCGGGCGGAGCCAGCACCUUUCAGCUUUCUGGACGGCAGCGGCAUUCAGGUUCUAAAUGGCUUCUAAGAAGUUGGGUACAGAUUUUCAUGGGACUUUCAGUUACCUUGAUGAUGUCCCAUUCAAAAUAGGAGACAAAUUCAAAACACCAGCUAAAGUUGGUCUACCUAUUGGCUUCUCCUUGCCCGAUUGCUUACAGGUUAUCAGAGAGGUGCAGUAUGACUUCUCCUUGGAAAAGAAAACCAUUGAGUGGGCUGAAGAUAUUAAGCUAAUCCAAGAAGCUCAGCGAGAUGCGGAGCGGAAGGCUGAGGAUGCGGAAGCUAAAGUGAAUUCUAAGAGUGGCCCAGAGGGUGACAGCAAAAUGAGCUUCUCCAAGACUCACAGUGCAGCCACAAUGCCGCCUCCGAUUAACCCCAUCCUCGCCAGCUUACAGCACAACAACAUCCUCACUCCAACUCGGGUCAGCGGUAGUACCACAAAGCAGAAAGUUCUCAGCCCACCCCACACAAAGGCAGAUUUCAACCCUGCUGACUUUGAGUGUGAAGAGGACCCGUUUGAUAAUCUGGAGUUAAAAACCAUCGAUGAGAAGGAAGAGCUGAGAAACAUUCUGGUAGGAACCACUGGACCCAUAAUGGCUCAGUUGCUGGACAGUAACUCACCCAGAGGAAGCUCAGGGUCUGUGUUACAGGACGAGGAGGUCUUGGCGUCCUUGGAGCAGGCAACCUUAGAUUUCAAGCCUCUUCAUAAACCCAAUGGCUUUAUAACCUUACCACAGUUGGGCAACUGUGAAAAGAUGUCGCUGUCUUCCAAAGUGUCCCUCCCCCCUAUCCCUACAGUAAGCAAUAUCAAGUCUCUGUCCUUCCCCAAACUUGACUCUGAUGACGGCAGUCAGAAGGCAGUCCAGCUUGCGAGCACUUUCCAUAGCACAUCCUGCCUCCGAAGUGGCACAGCCCGGAGUUUCCUAAAGCCUGCCACCCAAAGCAGUGCCAGUGAGCUCAAUGGGGACCAUGCUCUUGGGCUUUCAGCUUUGAACUUGAACAGUGGCGCCGAGGUGCCAACCCUGACAUCUUCCCAGAUGCCUUCCCUCUCUGUCUUGUCUGUGUGUGCAGAAGAAUCAUCACCUCCAAAUCCAUGUCCCACGGUCACCCCUCUAAACUUCUCAGUGUCCCAAGUGCCCAACAUGCCCAGCUGUCCCCAGGCCUAUUUCGAACUGCAGGCACUGUCUCCGAGUGAGCGGCAGUGUGUGGAGACAGUAGUCAACAUGGGCUACUCAUAUGACUGUGUCCUGAGAGCCAUGAAGAAGAAAGGAGAGAAUAUCGAGCAGAUUCUCGACUAUCUCUUUGCACAUGGACAGCUUUGUGAGAAGGGCUUUGACCCUCUUUUAGUGGAAGAGGCUCUGGAAAUGCACCAGUGUUCAGAAGAAAAGAUGAUGGAGUUUCUUCAGUUGAUGAGCAAAUUUAAAGAAAUGGGCUUUGAACUGAAAGACAUUAAGGAAGUUUUGCUAUUACACAACAAUGACCAGGACAAUGCUUUGGAAGACCUCAUGGCCAGGGCUGGAGCCAGCUGAGACCAGGCCCUGCCACAGCCCUGCCACAGCACCACCAUCCCCCAGGAGAACCUGCACAGCUCACUUGUGGGGAAGAAGGGACAUGCUUCCAGAUUUUCUUUGGGGGUUAGGUCAGGUGUGGAGAUGACAUUUGCUAGUCUCUGUGAGCCCAGGCCCGAGCUAGGGGGAAAAGUAGGAAGACUUGGGUACAAAUGCCCUGCUGGCUCCUUCAAUAUUAAACAUAUCUGUAUUUUGAGAAGUGUCCUUCCCACAUUGGCCUUUCAGAAAGAAUACUUGGAUCUUUCUGGGGUCUCUUAUUUCUUCAGCCAAAAUCUGGCCUGGCUCCCCAGAGGCGUGGGAAGAAGAGGAGGGGCAGACUGCUGCUGUUUGGGGGCUAGAUGCUUUCCUCUCAGCCACACCAUAGGCAGACUGAACUCUAACCCAAGUUGAAUACAAGAGAGGUUCUUCCAGGGGCCCACCUCCCCCAGCAGUCCUUAGUGUUACACUGGUUCUGGAAUGUCUCUGCGGUACAAAAGAUGCACUUUUCCUCAUGGGCAGAGUCUUCUGCUAGGCGGUUCCCACGUGUCCCUGUCCAGACUGUUUCUUUUGGCUUAGACCAUGACCCUCUACUGCCCAGGGCACUGGAGCCCCUGUGCUAGGAAGCUGUUGUCAGGUUGAGUGAUGACUGGCCCCUUCUCAGCACACUGAGCUGGAGAGAAAACAGGCCAUGACUGGUCACUCAGCACUAACCCCCAGUUCCUGACCAGCCUCCUCCAGCCCUGCUUUAGGACAACACGAGUAACAUCUAGGCAUAGAAACCACUCUGGUUUGUUUCUAUUAUGUUCGACACCAUUAAAGAUAUAACACAGUCUUGAAUCUAAAAUAAUUUGCUAACUAUUUUGAUUCUUCAGAGAACUACUAAUAAAAACCUAAAAGGUA